AUGGCCAGGGUCUACUCAUUCUGGAUCUUUGACCGCCACUGCAACCCAAUCUACCACCAGGACUGGUCGCACCUCUAUGCGCCCUCCUCGUCUGCUUCCAUCUCGGCAUCUACAUCAGCGGGCGGGCCAGGGAGCCCGACGACCGCUUCUUCAUCUUCCGGUGGCCUCGCCUCGAUCGGCGCGACCCUUCAGAGAGCCAGCGGCGCCGUCACCGGCUCCUCGACGGCGGCGGCUGCCAGCGCGUCUGGCAAUGCAGCGGCGAAAGGCGCACCGUCAAGGUCCGUCGAGUCCUCGCUGCCCGGCGUCACCCGGGCCAUUGUCAAGCCCGCCCCGGUACAGGACCAGCGAAGCAGCACCGGAUCCCAGAUCGCAGCCUCCCAGGCACAGGUCGCCAGCGCCUCGGACGCACUGCCGUUCGACGAGGAGGCCAAGCUUGUCUACGGCGUCGUAUUCUCCCUACGCAACAUGGUCCGCAAGCUGGGUGGAAACUCGGAGUCGUUCAACUCGUACACGACCUCGACAUAUACCCUCGCCCACCUGCACACGCCGACCAUGUACACGUUUGUCAUCCUCAGCGACCCAGUCCCGCCACCUUCGUCGAUCCCCUCGCGCUCCAGCGACGGCUACUCGAUCGGCACCCCCACUGCCACCGGCAGGUCCGGCUUCGGCACGGGCGGUGGCAUCCCGGGCACCGGGGGCAUGAGCCUGAAGGGCGUCCUGAUGCAGAUCUACAGGGGUCCCUGGGUCGAGCACGUCGCCAGGAACCCGCUCCUGACCGGGCUGGAGCGCGAGGCGAGAGAGGUCGAAGCCAUCGACGGUGAUGAAGCCGAAGACGAUGACGUCGGGGACGCCGAUCCGGACGCCUUUGUCGCCAGGCUCCGCGUGCUCAAGGACGGCAAGCUCGAUCGCAGCGAGGGCGUGGACAGCGAUGCAUUCCGGGACGGCAUCGAACGAGUCUUGGCACAGAACAAGCUCUCGGCCCCACCAUCGGCGACGGCAUGA